CUGACUUUCAGCUUUGGGUGACGGUGCGCUUAUGAUUUUGGUUGAACGAUGGCGUCCAUGUGCGGCAGUAGCAAGAGCCAUCCGGCGCUCGGCGGCAGCGGCUACUACAGACCCGGCGCUUAUCCCAGCCCUUAUCAUCAGAAUGAUUACUACAUGCCACCGAGGUCGGCCUGGUCACGGGUACCACCGCAGACGUCAAAAUCCAGCCGUAGUGGCAACUCGACGUGGAAAGUCGGCAGUGCUAUGCUCGUCAUCAUUGCUAUGCUCGUGCUUGUGACUGUGCUCGCUGUUGCUGGACUCGCGCUCUGGAUGGGUGCUCUUCGUACUGACUCAAAGAAUGCAAUAGUAGGCUAUGUUGGUAGUUUUAGAAUAAUAAGGGGAGAAAAGUAUAAUCCCAUGUUGAAGUUGAACACAAGUAUGGUCUUUCGAGAAAAAGAACAAAAGUACAGAAAUAUCUUUGAGCUAUUAUUCAGGAGAAGUGUACUGGGUGUUGCAUACAAGCAAACGGUCAUAGACAAGUUCGAAAAUAAUACCUUAAAAGUAUUCUUCAGAUUAUACUUGGAUAGAAGGAAGAUUCCAAGGUCCAUAACAAAUGUAGAAGAUACGAUAGAAGAUAUAAUAGCGAAAGAAACUUACUCGGUAUCAUCUUUAUUUAAAGAUAUGGAACUUGACCUGACGAGUGUUACGGUCAAAAGAAUAAACCACGAAACCAGCCAAACCCAAAAAGCCGCACCAUCUACGCAGCAGCGCAACACCAUGAUCACGAAAAAUGGUAUCUUACGCCCGAAUCGAAACAUCUCGAUCAUCAUCAAUCCAAAAACCAAAUUCAAACCCGAACCAACCGAAUCAACCGAUCCCGAUGCAGAUAUCGACUUUGGUAGUGCACCGACAAUUCGAGGUACUUACACAGCAACAAAGCUCAAUUACAGUGGAUCAACGUUGUCAAGAAAAGAGGAGCCGUCAACGACCUCGACGACUACGACGACGACAACGACGACAACGACGACGACAACUGCAGAAGCGACUACGACCAUAACUACUACAACGGAAUCGCCGAGUACCUCGAAGAUAACUACGGAUGCCCCCGUCAAUGUUUUCCAUAAACCGGAGCUUGAAACUUCACCUUGGAAACCUAUUGUUCCUCCAUAUUUGCAUACUGAUAUCAGGCGAGGUCCAAAUGUUGUUACGACGUCAAGUACUACGACGACUACGACUACGACGAGUACGACUGCCAAACCUAGUGUUCAGGCAGAUGUCGAUAAAUUUGCCGACGUAAAAACACUAGCAAUCGAUACUCUAACACGAGUCAGUACUCUCUUGCCACCGAUGUUGAUAGCAAUUGACGACGAAGACACCGUAUUCCCUCACGAUCGCAUCGUUCCCGAAGAGAUGGUAAAUUUCCGGGUAAACGGCAAGUACAAAAACAAAAUUCCCGGUGUCAUCGCUGAGGAGAGCACUAAAAUCGAGGUUGGCGCUGGUAAAUUGCCGUCAGAUACAUACGAUCUGAGAUUGAAAAUAAGCUCGUCGGAACCAAUGGUUGAAUUGACGGAUCACACCAGUGAAGCACCUGCGUUUCCCAUUUUCGAAAUGGAUGAUGAUCAGCCAGCUAUUUUGACAGGUGUUGGUAUUGCUGAACCUGUACUCGAUGCGGAAUUAGAUCUAGAAAGUCGAAAUAGGUACAGUGAAAUUUCGGCCGAUGACGUUGAUGACAAACACCUCGAACCAAUACUGCAACCAGUUUACACCAGUUACAAAACUCCCGACUUGAAUGGUGGCUCGAAACCUCCUAUAGUUCGCGUAUCAGGUACUCUAAAACCCUUCAGCCAUACCAUUCCUGUAGAUAAGAUCAGUCCAGCAAAGGAAGAACAACAACUAGAAUUACCGAAUAAACGUCCAGUGAUUACUAAAGGCCAAGGGAUGAUACCUAAUAUUGAACACAUUGUUGAGAUUGAAACGUUCGUUAAGGAUGCGAAUGAAAGUACCACGAGUUUACCAAUGGAGACGACAACUUUAGAAGAAAUAAAGGUUGCAACCACGGAGAGUGAAGUACCUAAUGAAGAAAAGAUUCAAGAUAUUAUAGUACAUCCGUUAAGAAAUUCAACUUUUAUUAAGAUUGACACUAUAAAACCACUGACAAACGAAACUAAUAUUGUCGGAGAAAUCCAAAGCUCGAUAAGUGAAAUUUCUAGUCAUUUAAUGAGUACACCUGCAACAACGAAGAAAGUAUACAACGACACGCUGAAAGCGAACGUCGUGAUUGAUUUGGUGACUUUGGCGCCUGUCAAAAGUAACUCCGGUGUGGGGCGACCAAUACGACCACGUCCAAAGCUCGACAGAGAGAAACAAAAACAAACUACAGAGAUUCCAAGUACUACAGUAGCAACCGCAAAUACUACCGAUGAUUCCGUUCUCCUUGAGCGACUGUUCGGCUUGCAAAGCGGCGAAGCGGAACCACAGCAGCAACGAGAGUUCAACAAAGAUCCACCACUUGGUGGAACUGUCGAACAAAUAAUUGAGGUAGUCACGUCGAUUAGUACGAAAGUUUCAUCGAGCAUUAAAGGCAAUCAGAUGAUUAUCAAGCUAGUUGCCCCUACAACAUCCACUACGAGCACACCAUUGUCAUCAUCAUCAACUACAACAACAACAACAACAUCGAAAGUUAACCAAAAUUCAGAUCGAAAAAUCGCAAGCGUACAGGACAAAGAUAGCCUACUCGUAGACGGUCUACGAAAAUUAGCCGAAGUGAGGACUGGAAAUGAGCCUGUCGCUGUGAAAAAACCGAAAAACGAAACCAGAGCAAGUUCAUCUAACAUCGUGACGAGAUUCAAGCCUGAUAAUAUCAUAGAUUUGGAGAAGCUUAAGAAAAUCGCUGAUGUUGUUGCCAGGGAAAAUCAAACUUUCGCCCUUUCCAAAGAGACGACUCUGAAUUAUACAUUCAGCCGCGAUGGCGUGCCUAUCAUAACUAAAACACUGCACAAAAUCGACGAGAGGGACGAUAAAAUGAUGUCGACGACUGAUGAAAAUCAGACAAGCCGGCAUCAGCCAUGCAAAGGUCUCCAGUGUAGUGACGGAAAGUGUUUACCAGCAAGUGCUCGCUGCAAUAUGUUGGGCGAGUGUGUAAACUCGGAAGAUGAGUCGAACUGCACGUGUGCUGACUUCCUCAGGACUCAGCUACUUCAAGAAAAGAUCUGCGAUGGUACUUUAGACUGCUGGGACUUUUCUGACGAAUCCGACUGUGCAUGGUGCCAAGAAGGACAAUUCGUCUGCGGCAACAGCAGGUACUGCGUUGAUCAGUCACGUGUUUGCGACGGUUUUCGGGACUGUCCGCACGGUGAAGACGAGCGAAAAUGUGCAGCUUUGAUCGAUGAUGAAUUCCUGGCAAACAUCGACCAUACUCCACAACACUUGUUUCUUGAUGAUCACAUCGAAAGGUCGAUAACUGAGGAUGAUCGGAACCUGACGGACGUUGUAUCUGGUAGAGAAAUCUCAUCGCUGAAAGUCAGAAAUCACCUGACGAGAGAUAAAGGCUCAAUCAAAAAAGGUCAAGUGGUGCGAUUUAGCGAUAGAAUGGAAGUGAAUAGUUACAAUGACAGAGGAUACUUGAAUGUGAGGAAAAAUGGCGAAUGGGGUAAAUUAUGUCUCAGUGAUUCCGAUGACUUGCUACAGCAGCGACAAUUAUCGUGGAGCAUUGAAGAUCUUGGAAGGGCUGUUUGCAAGGCUAUUACUUAUCAAGAUUUUGAUAAAGUAGAAAGAGUUCAAGAAGACAGCCCAGUGCGAGACAAAACUUACUAUAGUUUGUCUGUAAGCGACGAUAAAUCAAACGACAGGACGAGUUUGACGUUUAAAAAGACAAAAUGUCAUAGCGGCCAAGUCCUGAAAGUCAAAUGCAAGAAUUUCGAGUGUGGAAUUAGAACACAAGUGCCAUCGGGUGGAAGAAAGUGGCCUCGAACGCGUCAUUACAGAAUCGUCGGUGGUGGAAGUUCAUCCGCCGGUAGUUGGCCCUGGCAAGUGGCACUUUACAAAGAAGGCGAUUAUCAGUGCGGAGGUGCGAUUAUUAGCGAUCGAUGGAUCAUUUCGGCUGCCCAUUGCUUCUAUAGAGCCCAAGAGGAGUACUGGAUUGCACGAAUCGGAGCAACGCGUCGGGGCAGCUUUCCUAGUCCAUACGAGCAAGUAAUCAGAUUGGACUACAUACUUCUACAUCCAGAAUACGUUGACAACAGCUUCAUCAACGACAUCGCCCUAUUGAGGCUCGAGAGAGCACUGACGUUCAGUGACUACGUGAGGCCGGUCUGUUUGCCAAGUUCGGAGCCCAAGAGCGGCACGAGCUGCACUAUCACUGGCUGGGGUCAACUUUUCGAGAUCGGCAGGAUAUUCCCUGACACCCUUCAAGAAGUUGAAUUGCCGCUGAUAUCGACGGAAGAGUGCCGAAGAAAAACGCUGUUCCUACCUCUUUACAGAAUUACCGCGGGUAUGCUUUGCGCCGGAGUCAAAGACGGUGGCAGAGAUGCAUGUCUUGGCGACAGUGGAGGUCCACUCGUAUGUUCUGAUUCUAGCAACAAGUACACUCUUCACGGCAUAACGUCAAACGGUUAUGGCUGCGGUAGACCAGGCCGGCCGGGUGUCUACACGAAGGUUUACCACUACUCAUCGUGGAUCGAGCGAGUAACAUCUCGAGCUGACCUACCGUCCACGGUGACGAGCUGCAAAGGUCACCGAUGUCCCCUGGGCGAGUGUCUGCCGAAAUCAAGCGUUUGCAAUGGCUAUCUGGAGUGCAGCGAUGGCAGCGACGAGAGGAAUUGCACAGCGAAAUCGCGAUAACUAAGCGCAUUCUCAUCGAAGCGACGAAGACUGAAUUACUUUUUUUUAUGAGCGCGUGUGUGUGCAUGCGUGAUGGUAGAUUUUAAUACGAUGUACGUCCGUCAAAGAACCCUGGUAUAGGUGCUAGAGACGGCUAGUUCAAUCCUCACUGGCUUCUAGUUCUAAAACACAUAGUUCAAGUUUUCUUUUGUUCUGAUUGCAAAGAUAACACGAAUGCGAAUGGAUGUGCUAGUGACAUCCGUGCAGUAUUGUACGGAGUAAGCCUUACUCAAAAUGUGUACAUAAUCGAGUUGCUAUAAUUUAAUACAACUGUUUAACGAUUAACUUAUAAGUAGCGCUAACAUGACUGGUAAAUAUUACAAUAAUACUAUGAAAUUAGUCAAUUUUGGAUAUCUAUUGUAUAUAUUUCUUAUACAAGAAGCAUAAGCAUAUUUAUGUUAAAUAAAGUACAAUAAUAGCUCUCUCAAAACAUGUGCAUAAUAAGAUAUAUCAUAGUAUUUUUGCACUAGAUUUUAUUUUUCUACAUUUACAAUCGAAAAUAACUUUCAAAUAUUGUCAUUUAAC